AUGUGUGUACCCGCCGCUGGACGACCUCCGACAUCCAUCACAUCCGCGCACGCCACGUUCCACUCGUCGCAAACAACAGCAGACGGCAAGAUGGCCGCCGUCACAACACUGUCGGCGCCGUUUGUCAAUAAAAGUCCCACCGGACGUUGCGGGACCUGGCAACUCAUCUGUCUGCGCUUAACUGCAGCUCGGCGAGGCUCCGGGGGACGGGUUGCCAGUUUAAUAUUCAGGAGAGAAGUGCUGAUAUUGACACCAGAUCUUAUACCCACCACUUCUACUUUGGUAGCUUCAAUCAGGGGACCAAUAAUCAAGACUCAAAGAAGGAGAAAGAUUAGAGACAAUACAGAACCAAACAAUUGA